AAAAAAGGGUUAGGUGGUAGAUGUAUUAUGGAAAUUAAUUAUGUUUCUACAAGGGAAAGAGCCAAAAAUUAUAUGCCAUGGUACAAGUUUCACUGAUGCAAUUUCAAAGACUUUUUCCCGUUAUCUUUUGAGUAAUCUUGAGUCGUGGGAAGAUUAGUCAUCUUUUGAGUCACUUGUUAUUUCCCUAAUUGCAUGAGCCUGGCGCCAUAUCAGAAGUUCACCUCCUAAAAUCAAAUCCAAAACUGCAUGUCCUUGGACGACAUCCACACUUUAACGGUCCAUUUAACUACCAAAAUAACUGCCACGUCGAUCCACAUCCACUUCUGUAACCACCCACGUUCCAAAUUUUCAAAAACCCAUAUUCCUAUAUACUCCCAUUUGCUUGGAUCACACAUCACUUGUGGCACACUUCCACUGCACAGACUUGCUUCAACCUUUCUUCCAAGAGAAAAAAAGAAAAUGAAGAACACCAACAUGGUUUCUUCCUUAGGUGUUCUGUUCACCGCUUUGAUCGUCCUCGUUGCCAUGAACUCUUCGGCCGGAGCUGCGACGGAGUUCCGGGUCGGAGACGCUGAUGGCUGGCGAAAGCCCGGUGUGAACGAGACUGCAAUGUAUGAGCAGUGGGCUAAAAGGAACAGAUUUCAAGUCGGAGAUUCUCUCUCUUUUGAAUACAAGAAUGAUUCAGUUCUUGUAGUGGAUAAAUGGGACUUCUACCACUGCAACAGCUCCAGCCCCAUCUCUUCAUUCAAGAACGGGAAGAGUGUUAUCAAACUAGAAAGGCCAGGUUCCUUCUACUUCAUAAGCGGAGAUCCUGAGCAUUGCAAGAGCGGCCAGCGAUUGGUCAUAAGCGUCAUGGCUCUGCACCCAAUCUCACAGUCUCCUCCGGCCAUUGCCUUACCGCCCGGAAAUUAUUUUCCAAUUUCUCCUUCACCAUCUCCGCUCUCAAGCUCUGGAGUGCUAGUUUCUGCAACACUGGUCCCUUUGUUAAUGGCUUUUAUUGCCAACCUUGUGGGUUUGGUAUAAGCGUACUUAGUUUUUCUGUGCUAAUUGUAUUGCAUUUCGAGUUCUGGGAUGAUCUUCUGCAUUUGAGUUGCUGAUUAUAUUUGAAAACAUUGUUUGUUUAAUAGAUCAUUUAUAUAUAUUAUAGUUA